UAAGAAUGAUCAGCUUUCUCUUCUUUCUAACAAAAAAUUAAAACUUUUUUAUCUCUGAAUCUGAUCGAUGGAAUCCAACAGGGCAAAGGUGGCGGCCGGAGUAGAGUUCGAGGAUCUGCUUCCUGUGAUGGCCAGUAAAUUGGGAGGAGAUGGUCUGAUAAGGGAGCUGUGUAAUGGGUUCAGAUUGUUGAUGGACAAGGAGGAAAAAGUGAUCACCUUUGAGAGCUUGAAGAAGAACUCUGCUCUGCUUGGUUUGCAGGAUUUGGGAGAUGAACAACUGAUGAGCAUGAUCAGAGAAGGCGAUCUUGACGGGGAUGGAGCUCUGACCCAGAAGGAGUUUUGCGUCCUCAUGUUCCGGCUCAGCCCAGACCUCAUGGAGGACUCGCAAGUCUGGUUAGAGGAUGCCCUUCUUCAUCAUCAUCAAGAAAAUGGAACCCAAAGGUCUUCAUUCUACUAACUGAUUCCUCAAUCACUUAUUUAUCCUUUUAAUU